CGCAGUCCAUUCAGAAAGGGCAGAGAAGGGAAUGGCUGCGGCUAUCGCUUACAAACAACUCGCAUGAGCACCCCCUCCUCGGGUCAGAGGACCCCAGUGGACUGUGGUGUCCAGAUCCGCUUCAUCAACGACCUCCAUGACGCAGGGGGAGGAAAUCCGGUGUCCCAGCCCAGGACCAAGACCCAAAACACCUCCUCCAAGUACGGGGUGGCAGUUAGGGUGCAGGGUAUCGCUGGCCAGCCCUAUGUGUUUCUUAAGGAUGGAGGGGGGAAGGGCGACUCAUAUGGGGUCCAGCUCAGGACCCACUACCCCCCUAGCUACAGCAGCCUUCCCCGGAGGAGAGAGAGCACCGACUCAGGAGGACAGGUUAGAGAUAUGGCUGUGGGAGGAGGACAGGCAGGGCCACUGCGCAGGGCCCAGUCGCACGGCUCACUGCUGGAUAGGGAGGAUGGGGAGGCUGCAAGCGCUGGGGGUGAGGAGUUCCAGCUGCGUAGGCCGCCAGGGGAUGGGAGGUCUGGUAGCUAUGGUAACCUGGAUGGAAGGAUAGGACUAGUGGCGGAGAGAGAGCAAGCUCGCGGCAUGGGUGUACAAGAGGUGGAUGGGGAAAGGAACACCAGGGAUAGGUCAUAUCAAGCAGGGCUGAACGGGUCGCUACCUGGGAGGAUGCGGGGCAGUCAGUCAUUCCCAGACCCUCCUCCCCCCCUCCAAACCGAAGAGAUCCAUUCCACUUACAGACAGAAACCUGUCAACAGACCGAUAAGCAGGUUUGACGGUAAUGAUGAUGGAACCCAACAAAGGGGGCGCUAUCCAACACCAGAGGAUCCCCGAGAUGUGUCCCCUUUCCUUACUCCCAACCCCUGCUCCUCGCCACCUUCCUCUACCCACAGUAGCUUGGGCCGAAGCCAGCGCUCUGUCACUAAGGUUACGGGCCUCUCGACCAAUCAGAGGGCUUCCCCAGGGAAAUACGUUGCUGUGGAGACAGCGUCUGCCAAUCAGAAAGAAACACGUGUGACCCCUGACCUUUUGCUGGACCAGGGUCAAAAUUCAGAGGUGAGCAGUAAAGAGGAGCAGGUCAUGCAGACCAUAUACAGCAUCCUGAGGGAAGGCACGAGUGAGAGUGAUGCCGCCAUCAAGCACAAAGUCCGUGUCAUCUUUCAGAACACGCAGAGCCUGCAGCCCAGACAGGACUCCAGGGAGGAGUGGUUGAGAGAGAAAAGGGAGCUGGAGAAAAAGGUGUCCGACCUACAGAUUGCCCUGCAGGAGGAGAGGAGGGGCUCUGUUGGGAAGUCCAAUCUGGCUCUGAAAGAUGAGCUGGAGUCGUGUUUGGAUGAGAACUUGCAGCUGCAAGAGAUGCUCGAGAGGAAGAAGAAGGAACUACACCAGACACAGUUUGAGCUGACUCAGCUGCGUAUGGACCGGGAGAACGCAGAGGCCCGGGUCAGAGAUAUGGAGGACCAGAUGGCUGAGUUUCAGGAUGAACUGAGAGAGAGCAGCAGCAACAAGAAGGACUUGAUGGUGUGUCAGACGGAGCUGUCUCAGGUGUGCCAGCUGAAACAGAAGCUGGAGGAGACGCUGAGGCAAAGAGAGAGGGAGCUGACCGCCCUGAAGGGAGCGUUGAAGGAGGAGGUGGCCACGCAUGACAAGGAGAUCGAGGCCCUCCGUGAGCAGUACAGUGCUGACAUGGAGAGACUUAGGAGCAGCAUGGAGCAGGUGUCUCAGUCCCAGGCAGGUAUUGAGGCGGAACGACUUCGUGUGAACACCACAGUUCGUUCCCUGCAACAGCAGCUAGAAGACUGCAGAGAUGAGAGCAGCCACUGGAUGGAGCAGUUUCACACCACCAGAGAUGAACUACGAACCACUAAACAAGAACUUCUGCAAGCUCGUCUGGAGAAAGAGGAGUUUGAGGAGGAGCUAAAAGAGCUCCAGGAGAGAGUGAGCACCAUGAAACAGCAGAUACCUGACCCUAGCCACGUGCAAACACUUAACCAGGAGCUCCAAAGUUCCCGCACCAGUCUGCAGAAGGUGCAGUCCGAGGUGGAGAAGCACAGGACGGAGCUUGAUAAGAAGGUCAUGGAGGUCAUCGCCUUAAAAAAAGCUCACCAGGAGCAGGAGGCGGAGCUGAAGUAUGAGGUCAAUCGGCUGAAGGACCAGCUGCAGAGAGCUAAAGAGGACGCGGCCAAGGCUCAAGAAAAAAACAAAACGCUUAAAGACCCAGCAGUCGUGUCAGAGCUGGAGCAAAAGCUGGGUGAGGCGCAGAAGGAGGUAAGUCGUCUCCGAGAGAAGGUGUUGUCGGCCGAAGACGACCUAGACACCAGUAACAUCCGGCUGAGCAAAGCUCAGUUAGAACUCAACACCCUUCAAGACACACAGCUGGAGCAAGAGGAGGCCAACACACGCCUCAAAGACAAGCUCGCACGUCUAGAGGCCCAGCUGCAGUCCACCGCCACGGAGAGCUCCGAGGCCGAGCUGGCUCUCCACGCUGAGAUGAGGGGGCUGCGGUCUGAGCUGGACGAGGCCAAACGAAGAGCCUCUCGACUGGGCCAGGAGCACAGCGAGCUCAGCCUGCGUCUGGAGGACCAGGUGAAAGAGAAGGAGGCGCUCACACAGGCCAACAACCAGCUUGGGGAAAUCAAACAACAGCAGGAGAAAGCUCUGGAGAAACUGAACAAGGAGUACGAGUCUCUGUCAGCCUCCUCCAAAGAGGAGGCACAGGCACUCCGGGCUCAGCUGGAGGAGCAUAGGGAGAGAUCACGCAAGGAGACGCAGGAAGCCCAGCGCCACGGGAACGACGCCCAGGCUGAGCUGCAGAGAAGCCACACCAAUCUGAGGAAACUGGAAGAAGAGAUCUCCCGUCAGAAGAAGGAGCUCCUGCUUGCGUGUGAGGAACGAGACAACCACCAGCUGGACAAAGAGCUGCUCACAAACAGGUUGCGCCACCUAGAGGCAGAGCUAGAGACCAGCAAGAGUAGCCACCAUGACAAAGCAAGGGAGAUCCGUAACCUGGAGGACAAGCUGAAACGUGUGGAGGUGGAGCUGGAGGAGGAGAAGGGCAGCGUGGAGAUGCUGACUGACAGAGUAACCAGGACCAGAGACCAGAUAGACCAGCUCCGCUCUGAGCUCAUGCAGGAGAGAUCCUCCAAACAGGACCUGGAACUCGAUAAGAACGCCAUGGAGCGACAUAUGAAGGAGCUGAGGAGUCGUGUGGCCGACAUGGAGGGCCAGUCUCGCUCCUCGGCAGGGGUGUCCCAGCUGGAGAGCAAGGUGCAGGAGCUGGAUGAGCGCCUGCGGAGUGAGGACAGGGAGAAGACCGCCAUGCUGGCCUCCCAGCGCCGCCUGGAGAGGAAACUAAAAGACCUGAACAUGACGCUGGAUGAGGAGCGACAACAGCACACUGAACAGAGGGACCAGCUGACCCUGAAAGUGAAGUCUCUGAAGAGGCAGGUGGACGAAGGUGAGACAGAGGUGGACAGGAUGGACGGGCUGAGGAGGAAGGCCCAGAGAGAGAUGGAAGAACAGAUGGAGCUCAAAGACGCCUUACAAGCCCGGGUCACAGCCCUGGAGACGGAGCUCAAGAGGAAGGCGCAGGUGGCGAGGCACCCGACUCUGGACUCCUCCGCCUUGAGCUCAGAGGACGAUGACGACAGCCUGUACGAUCCCUCUACCAUCACCUCCAUCCUUACAGAGGGCAACCUACAGACCAGCUCCUGCUAGAACCCCCCCCCCCAUCUCCCACCCCCAUCCCCCAGUCCCAGGUACAGGGGUGGGUUUGGAGAACAACCGAGGGUGGACCUCCAAACACCACAGAAGAAGACAUAAGGGGGAGGGAUAACUCAGCAAGAUAGCUAGUUUGGAAAAAGGCCAAAAGGGUUAAUUAUAUGCACUACAGAGACGGGUGGGAGGGUUUAUGGUGGGUUAGAGGGUUUAGGGUGGGUCAGUGAUGUAGGGGUUAGUAACUGUACUGUUUUCUAAGUAUUCGAAUGAACUGGAGGAAAUGAGGCGAGAGGCGGAUUUAGAGGCAGUUGUGAGUUAUUUUCCAAGCACUACAAUGUACACAAAUGUACUGAACUGUACAGCUGGGGCGAGGGGGGGGGUAUACACACUGUACGCACCACCUUAUGCAAAGCAUUGCACUACAGACCACUACCACUCAGACUUUUACGCCAUAUCUACUGCUACUACGGUUUUCGGCUGCUCCCGUUAGGGGGCGCCACCACGGUAAUAUAAAGUCAGCAACUGGUCUGAAAACACAGCAAGGUACUUGAAGCAAAGAAGAAGCGGUUGGGGCGUUGUAAAGAGCGGAACAUGUCACAUGUGCUGUAGAUCAGAUCAGGAGAAUGAUUACCUCUUGUGAGGUAUAAACGUAAAGCGAAAAAUUAAAAAUGGCGCCCCUCCACAUAAAUAAUGUCAUAUUUAAGCAUUUCUUAAGCAAAACUGGAGUUAAGACUCUGGGGUUAAGCACGUACCUUGAUGGCUCCGUCUUUGACUGAAUACUGAAAAAUGUUGUCAUUACUGACAAGUGACGUUUACCAGUUUUAUGAUGAUAGUUUCCUCUCUUCCUGUAGCACUGGUCUUAAUGGUCUGUGCUGACACACAUUAUGCUAACAGCACUAGCUAGCUGGCUGUACUGACACAUGUUAUGCUAGCAGGACUAGCUAACUGGCUGUACUAACAUUUUAUGCUACCGGGACUAGCUAAGUGGCUGUACUGACACAUGUUAUGCUAACAAGACUAACUAACUGGCUGUACUGACAGAUGUUAUGCUAACAGGACUAGCUAAUGCCAAGUUUGACUUUUCCACCGGGCAUAGAGAUGAAUUCAAGAUGUGCAACUGAAGGUAAACUUCUCGUCAUAAAACAAUCGUAACAUGGACCAAAUGCUAACAUGAACGUGUGUACAUAACAAACGUGACUGUUUAAUCGAGACACUGCGGGCCUCACGCGAACACUGAACAAACUGCGUCUGUGACCAGUGUGGUCGAGAAUUUUUCAGUGCCCUUAGUUCAAAAGCUGUAUUGUGAUGGACCAGAUCCAGCUGUUUUAGUGUUGGGAGGUAUUUCAGAAUGAAUGCCGGGUUUUGUCUUCAGAUUGUGUAUUCUGUUGCGUUGUUUCCAUGUCCUGCUAGUGUGCGUGUGUGCACAGUCAGCUCGAAAGGGGAAUUCCACAGGAAAAUGCCCUUCCUUGGCCCAGCACCAGAUUGGUUUGUGAUCCCAAUCACUCUUCUCUAGUGACAGAAUC